AACUUGCUGCAUAAAAAACUUUGAACAAAUGUUUCAACCUUUUUGCAUAAUCUGUAAUUGACUCAAGUUUUUUUUUGCUCAAAAAGCAAUUAAUCCGCAAAUAAAGAACGUAAAGAUUUUCAUUAUUAUGGCAGGCUACACACACGGUUGGGGGAGAACGGUUCAAGAACGAAAAGUAUCGAACAAGGCUUUCAAUUUUGACAAUGAUAAAAAAUUAACCUCGAAUGGAAAUGGCAAGACCGCCGGAGAGCAUCCAGACAACCGAAGUUUGGCAGAUUCAAGCUUUCUAUCGGAAUUAUUUCGCAAGCAACUAAAUUCAUCCAAGUCUUACUUAGAGGUGCAACGCAAUGAUCCGAACAACCCUCUAUAUUCCGUUAAGACUUUCGAAGCUCUGAACAUUAACCCAGAUCUCCUUCGAGGAAUCUAUGGUAUGGGCUUUAAUGUACCCUCAAAAAUACAGGAAACCGCAUUGCCGAUGUUGUUGGCUAAUCCGCCACAAAAUAUGAUCGCUCAAAGCCAAUCGGGAACGGGAAAGACUGCAGCGUUUGUAUUGGCAAUGCUGUCCCGUGUCGACACAACUAAAAACUACGUUCAGGUAGUGUGCUUGUCACCAACUUAUGAGUUGGCAAUUCAAACGGGUGAAGUGGCGGCUAAAAUGUCGCAGUAUCGGCAAGACAUCCAACUGAGAUUUGCAGUUCGCGGCGAAGAAGUUCACAGAGAUCGGCAGCUGACUGAACACAUUCUCAUUGGAACGCCGGGAAAAAUUAUGGACUGGGGCCUGAAGCUCAAAGUUUUUGACAUAAAGAAAAUUACGGUUUUCGUACUGGACGAGGCAGAUGUAAUGAUUGCUGAGCAAGGGCACCAGGAGCAGUGUAUUCGCAUACAUAAACAGUUACCUAAAAAUUGCCAGAUGAUGUUCUUUUCUGCCACGUAUGACAAGAAGGUUAUGUCAUUUGCUGAGCUCAUCGUAUCAAAACCGAUGAUAAUUCGAUUGAAGAGAGAACAAGAAACAUUGGACAACAUCCGCCAAUACUACGUCAGAUGUGCCAAUCAAGAGGAGAAAUAUGCCGCUAUCACUAACAUCUACGGUGGUAUUAGUAUCGGACAGGCGAUUAUAUUUUGUCAGACUCGGAAAACUGCCAUGUGGUUGGCUCAAAAAAUGAGCCAAGAUGGGCAUUCCGUUGGAAUAUUAUCGGGCGAACUAAGUGUUGAGCAGCGACUAAAUGUCUUGGAUCGUUUCCGGGCAUCCCUCGAAAAAGUUCUAAUCACAACAAAUGUACUGUCGCGUGGGAUCGAUCUGGAGCAGGUCACAAUUGUGGUUAAUUUCGAUAUGCAAGUAGAUGUGGAGGGAAAUGCGGACUGUGAAACAUAUCUCCAUAGAAUCGGACGUACAGGUCGCUUCGGUAAAUGCGGAAUUGCCGUCAACCUAAUUGACUCCGAAAAGUCAAUGCAAAUUUGUCGAGAUAUUGAGAAGCAUUUCGGGAGAAAAAUUUCCGUGAUUGACACGGAUAAUCCAGAGGAAGUCGAGAACAUACAGAACUAAAUGUAUACAAACUUCCUAUGAAAAGUACAUGAAACGAAGCAGCGUUUUGUUUUCGA